UAGUGCUUCCUCUCUCCCCCUCCCUCUCAGUUUCUCCCUCCUCCCCUCCUCCCUCCUACCUUUUUCUCUCUUAAACCCACACCCUGGUGCAGAAACCGGAAGACACUCACAGCCUUGUCUACCUCCAUCUCUUUCCAACCUUGCCCUGGAGUAUUAAAGCACACUGCUGUGUGGAACAAAGCAACUAUGUCUGACAAACCUGACCUGACAGAGAUCACCUGCUUCGACAAGACCAAACUGAAGAAGACUGAGACGAUAGAAAAGAACCCCCUGCCAACCAAAGAGACCAUUGAACAGGAAAGGAAAGGGGAUGCAACGCCUUGAUGUGACUUGGUGAAGAGGCCGUGAGGAGGAAAACAGGGGAGGAGGCAGAGAUGCCACCAACAAAAGCACUUUGUUUGUCUCAGUAUUCUACUUGAAGUGACUUUGUAUUGUAUAACAGGGUGCUGUAGGGCCCUGGGAGAUGCAGUAGUGGAGGAGGGUACAUGGGAUGCAUCCCUAAUGUAACCCUAUUCCUUAUAUAGUGCAAUACUAUUGACCUGGUCCACUAUAUAGAGAAUAUGGUGUCAUUUGGGACACAGAUUGAUAUCUUCACAGGGGUCUAUCUAUCAUCAUGGGAAUAUAGUUAUAGCCUGGCUGCCAGUAUUGGGCCAGAAACAACACCUAGCCUGUACUCCCUAGCCUCUACCCCUUUACUCCCUAGCCUCUACCCCUUUACUCCCUAGUCUCUACCCCUUUACUCCCUAGCCUCUACCUAGCCUCUAAAUCUUUAUUCCAUAGCCUGUAACUCUUUACUCCCUAGCCUCUACCCCUUUACUCCCUAGCCUCUACCCCUUUACUCCCUAGCCUCUACCUAGUCUCUACCCCUUUACUCCCUAGCCUCUACCUAGCCUCUAACCCUUUACUCCCUAGCCUCUACCUAGCCUCUACCCCUUUACUCCCUAGCCUCUACCUAGCCUCUACCCCUUUACUCCAUAGCCUCUACCUAGCCUCUACCCCUUUACUCCCUAGCCUCUACCUAGCCUCUACCCCUUUACUCCCGAGUCUCUACCUAGCCUCUACCCCUUUACUCCCUAGCCUCUACCCCUUUACCCCCCAGCCUCUACCCCUUUACCCCCCAGCCUCUACCCCUUUACUCCCUAGCCUCUACCCCUUUACUCCCUAGCCUCUACCCCUUUACUCCCUAGCCUCUAACCCUUUACUCCCUAGCCUCUACCUCUUUACCCCCUAGCCUCUGCCCCUUUACUCCCUAUCCUCUACCCCUUUACCCCCUAUAGUCUCGACCCCU